AGAGCCGCUCAGUGAUGGCUGCUGUCACAAGGUCCACGCGCUGCUCCGUGUGGAGGAAGGCGGCCGCCGCCUAUAGCACGGGCCGGGAUGGAGGGCAACCUGCUCCCGCACCCAAACACGAGACCCUCCAGGUAACCCCGGUGCCCCUCUCCCCCGCCUCCUCCUCGUCUCCGGGAUCCCCACCUCCCAAACAGGCACACGGUGCCCCAGCCCCGGGACGGCGCUUCGCCUCCACCGCUCCCGUUAAAGAUAGCAAGAGCUUCCUAUGGUCCAGAUACGGAGAGAUGAAGAAACUGGUACAAGAUCUGCUGCCCCCUGGAGUAUGCAAUCUUCUCAACUCAUCCACAAUUUAUGCCAACAACGAAGUGUGCCUUGGGGAUAUUGAAAUCUAUGGGUUUGACUAUGACUAUACCCUGGCACUGUACUCGAAUGCCCUUCACUCAAUGAUCUUCAACACUGCCAGGGAUAUCUUGGUGGAACAAUAUAAGUACCCAGCUGAACUCCUCCAAUAUGAUUACCUACCAAACUUUGCUGUGAGGGGCCUGCACUAUGACAUAAAUAAGGGCCUUCUAAUGAAGAUUGAUGCUUACCACUACAUUGAGAUGGGCACAGCAUACAGGGGUCUGAAGCCUAUCACAGAAGAUGAGGUGAAGGAACUGUUCCAUGGAACAAACCAUGUCCCACUUCACCAGGUCAGCGGAUUUUACGGCAAGGGUCCUGCUGUUAAACAGUACAUGGACAUAUUCUCUCUGCCUGAGAUGACUCUCCUGGCUGUCACCAAUGAUUACUUCCUGACACACAAUAUAGAUUAUGAUCCAAUUCACCUCUACAAGGAUGUUACUGAUGCCGUUCGGGAUGUACAUGUUAAAGGAUUCAUGUAUAAAUGGAUUAUGCAAGAUCUUGAAAAAUACAUUCUACGUGGUGAGGAAACCUAUGCAGUACUGCAGCGUCUGGCUAAACAUGGGAAGAAGCUUUUCCUCAUCACAAACAGUCCAUUUAGCUUUGUAGACAAAGGCAUGCACUACAUGGUGGGCAAGGACUGGAGGGACUUUUUUGAUGUGGUGAUCGUCCAGGCAGACAAGCCACACUUCUUCAACGACAGCAUUAAGCCUUUCCGUCGACUGGAUGGGAAUGGAGAUCUGAAAUGGGACCGGAUUACCAAGCUGGAAAAGGGACAGGUUUAUAAACAGGGUAACUUGGUUGACUUCCUGCGACUGACCGGCUGGCGAGGGUCUAAAGUGCUGUAUUUCGGAGACCAUUUGUACAGUGACCUUGCAGACCUCAUGCUCCGUCAUGGCUGGAGGACCGGAGCCAUAGUCCCAGAACUGGAGACUGAAACGAAGAUUGUGAACACUGAGCAGUACUCGCAGUCACUAACCUGGCUGCAGGCCCUCACUGGACUCCUGGAGCGCAUGCAGAACUUUCAUGAUCCAGAGUCUCAGAAAAUCCUUAAGGACUGGAUGAAGGAGAGAAAUGAGCUCAGAGCUAUGACAAAGAACUUGUUCAACCCUCAAUUUGGCAGCAUCUUCCGAACUUGCCACAACCCAACCUAUUUCUCUCGCCGUCUCUGCCGUUUCUCUGAUGUCUACAUGGCCUCAAUCAGCUGCCUCCUCAACUAUGACUUGAACUAUAGGUUCUUCCCACGUCGUACUCCACUACAGCACGAGGCUCCGCUUUGGAUGGACCAACUCUGCACUGGUUGUAUGAAAACGCCAUUCCUGGAAGAGAUGGCACACAUCCGUUAAUGGACCAGGGCCUUGUGAUCAAAACUCCCAGAACUGAUUUUUAAUCUUCCUACCCCUCCCACAACCCCCUUCCUUCUCAAAUAUAAAGACUGAAUGUGUAAAUGGGCUGCUUAAGACUUUUUUUGUUUAAAGGCAUUGUUUGCACGAAAAGAGCACGCUGUUCUUUAGAGAAGGCAUAAGAACAGUAAAUUGCUCUAAACUUGUAUAAAUAAACUGCAUUGGGUAGCAGGGUGUACCAAGGCUAGAUUUUGUACGGAUCCAUUCCUCCUGUCUAUUUUAUUUUGUUUUUUUUUAUGUGAAGAUUGUGCCCUUGUUUACAGUAAAAUUUCACGUGUGACUUUGAUCUGUGUGCAUACUUGUUCUGCAAUGUGUUGCCGCCAUAAACAAUGUCUUGCGUUACAGUGGCUCCUGAAGACAUGUUUGUUAUUUUACACCCUGCUACUUGACUCCCAAAUGAGGAUUGCAGCUGUGUAUUUUUUGCCAGGGAGAUGGGGAAUGAUUCAUUGUAUUGCUGAGGUGUGGAGUGGCAUAGUUUGCGAUCAGUUGCCCCUGCAAUCCAACACUUCUUAAUGUUUCACACUUCCAGAGGUCAAUUUAUUAAGUGAAUCCAUGGAACAGAUGGGAAUAAACUGCCAAAGCAGGGGAUAUAUUCUGAUUAGACCUGUGUAAAUGAUGCCAAUACAAUACUGAUCUCAAAUAUUAAUGCAUAUUUUGGAAUUGGUCCCUGUCACUCAGUCAUACUUGAUGAAUUCAUUACAAUUUUUUUAGCAUAUUAGAACUGAACAUUGAAUAUAUCAUUUUUUUUUUAAACUUAUUUGUCAAAUGUUUUACUUCUGACAUAAGGACACUGGAGAAAUGUUUAACUCUCCAAGGACCCAUGACAUACAAGGUAUGUGUCUACAGAACCACAUUUUGACAAGGCGAACUCAUAUGUCCUAUCUUGAUUGCAGACGUUGUCAUUACCCGUAAGCCUUGUGCGAGACUGCCACCUGGUGGUCAUGGGCUUGGUGUGGCUGAACAGAUCGCCUUGCAGAAACAAGACAUGCCAAACGUCACAUCCUAAUUGGGGCAAUGUUUUCAAGUGAAUGUUUAAACGCACAAUUGAUUAUUUUUUUGAUUUACAAUUUUUUUUAUUUUUAACUCUGUUCUCAGGUGAGGCAGGGAGAAUAAAAUGUAAGCUGCAGUUUUUGGGAGAAGGGGGAUAACAUGUUUUUAACUGAAAAGUAUGUAGGUGGUUUCCCAGGACAUAUGAUCAGGUUUGAGGAUUUCAUCCACUUUGUCCUGUUGAGUGGGAGAAACAACCACCGGAUCAAUUUUUGAUCCCAGAUGGCAAAUAUUUCCAUUUUCCGAUCAGGAUAAAAAAGGAAAAAGGUGACGGUCUGUAGAAUUGAAACUGCAGGGGUGAGGUUUAUUUUUUAUUUUUAUUUUAAUGCCUGCCAAUUUUUUGAUCUUUUUAUGAAUUUUAAGCUAACCGGGUUGUUUACUUACAAUAAAAAUGAUGUUACAGACUGUUGUAAAAGCUAAAUGCUAUAGCCGCCUUUGCAUCUGAAAGUUUAAAGAUGAACUGAUUUGUUCGUAAUGUCUAUCUUUAUCAUCUGUUGGUGGCUUACUCUGUUCUGUGGUUACAAUGUGCUGCUUGUAUUAAAAUGCUUCAUGUUUAACCAUAGCCAAGCUGUUACAAAAAUGCUUUAAAUAAACAGUCAAAUCAA